AAGAAUUCCUGUGAGCUUAACGUGUACUAGCCAACGAUAACAUGUUAUCUUAAGCAAGUUUUAAGCUUAUGAAGGCGUCAAAUGUAUGGCAAACCUUUGCUUGCGUAGUCUGACAUAGCAACACUCCCGCUUGCCGUUUUCGUGGGAACACAGGCAUAGGAGAAACGUAGUUGACUACAACUGUGAAGUUUCUACCGGGAAUGAACUUGGAAUACCAAUGGUCACUCUAACCAACGGCAAAGCCUUGGCUAAGUCCGUGUUAGGCCGAUGGCGGGCAAUCGCUCUAUGCAUCGCAGCAAUUCUGCCGGCAGUUCUAGCCCAUAACGAUACUGCGCUGAUGGCACACUGCUCGCGCUUCCAAGAUUUCGAGCCGGGCAUUGCUGAGGACUUGCUGCCUUGGUACGACGACGCGGGGAUCAGCGAGGCGCUCAUGGACCGGACGAUUAGAGAACGCACCAUGCAGAAUAGUGUACCUGGCUUGCCGCUGUGCAUCCGCGGAGGCCGACUGUACGUCAUCAACGGCACGAAGCAGAGCAUCGGCAACCUCAUGCCGUGGCAGGCGGAGAACAUCAUUGUCUAUGCGUAUGCACUGCAGCGACUGGUCUCCCGCUGGGGCCCUGCGCUGCCCGAUGCCGAGUUUGUGGUCGAAACGCAGGACCCGCCCUACCAGGACCUGGGGCUGGCCUCCGACCUGGCGGACGCGCAGGCGGCAGCGGCGCUGUCAGCAGCCGCAGCAGCAGCAGCAGCAGGGGAAGAGGAAGG